GUUGCGGACCAUGGCGGAAUGUGUUGGACUACACAGCAGCAGUAGUAGUCACACCAUGGAUAAAAGCAUCACUCUUCCUCCAGACGAGAUAUUCCGCAAUUUGGAAAACGCAAAGCGGUUCGCGAUAGACAUAGGUGGAUCUCUCACAAAACUUGCCUACUACUCAACUGUUCAACACAAGGUGGCCAAAGUGCGAUCUUUCGACCACACUACAAAGGAGGCUACCAGUGACGAGCUCUAUGAAAUCUCCGUGCAGGAAGAGGUCACAGCCCGCCUGCACUUCAUCAAGUUUGAAAAUGCCUACAUCGAAACAUGCUUGGACUUCAUCAAAGACCACCUGGUCAACACGGAAACCAAAGUCAUCAAAGCCACAGGUGGAGGGGCGCACAAGUUUAAAGAGCUCAUCGAGAGGAAGCUUGGACUCAAAGUUGACAAAGAGGAUGAGAUGACCUGCCUCAUUAAGGGCUGUAACUUUGUGCUGAGGAACAUCCCGCACGAGGCCUUCGUCUACGCCAAGCACGCCGACUCAGAGUUCCGCUUUCAGACGACUCAGCCGGACAUCUUCCCCUACCUGCUGGUCAACAUCGGCUCCGGGGUCUCCAUAGUCAAGGUUGAGUCAGAGGACAAAUUUGAGCGAAUCGGAGGAAGCUCCAUAGGAGGAGGGACGUUCUGGGGCCUUGGAGCUUUACUCACCAAAACAAAGAGAUUUGACGAGUUGCUCCAGCUGGCCUCAAAAGGGCAACACACCAGUGUUGAUAUGCUCGUCAAAGAUAUCUACGGAGGAUCUUACGGGUCUUUGGGCUUGACUGGAGAUCUUAUCGCGAGCAGUUUUGGAAAAUCUGCUACUGCUGACAAAGAGUUCUCUAAAGAAGACAUGGCCAAGAGCCUCCUCCACAUGAUCAGUAACGACAUCGGGCAGCUGGCCUGUCUGUACGCCAAACUGCACAACCUGUCCAGAGUUUACUUCGGAGGCUUCUUCAUCAGAGGACACCCAGUCACCAUGCACACCAUCACCUACAGCAUCAACUUCUUCACCAAGGGUGAAGUUCAGGCUCUGUUCCUAAGACAUGAAGGCUAUCUCGGAGCCAUUGGAGCAUUUCUUAAAGGAGCAGAGGAGGACAAUCCGAACCAGUACAGCUGGGGAGAGAACUAUGCGGGCAGCUCAGGCCUGAUGAGCGUCUCUCCAGAUAUGAACCCCAUGCAGCGUGCACGCAGCGGAACGUUCGACAUGCUGGAGAUGGACCGUCUGGAGAGGAAGCUGGUGAACCUGCCUCUGCUGCAGGACGCCUCGUCUUACAUCCCCGACACCAUGGACCUGACAGAGGACGCUGUGGCCCGCGAAUACUGGCUCUACUGCUUUGAGGAGGCUCUAGACGGGGUGGUAAAGAGAGCAGUAGCGAGCCAGCCUGACAUGCCCGAGGCGGCGGAGCGAGCCGAGAAGUUCCGCCAGAAAUACAGACACAAGCUUCAGACCCUCCGCCACCAGCCUUUUGCUUAUGGAUCCCUCACUGUCAGAAGUCUGUUAGACACGAGGGAACACUGUUUAAACGAGUUCAACUUUCCUGAUCCCUACUCUAAGAUUAAACAGAGGGAAAAUGACGUGGCUCUCAAGUACUACCAGAAGGCGGUGAAGUCCCUGGAGGAGCUGAGCUGGGAGGAGAGGCAGUUUGCUCUGGUCAGGGGCGUCCUGGCCGGGAAUGUCUUCGACUGGGGAGCCAAGGCCGUGUCAGACGUCCUUGAGUCUGAUCCUGAGUUUGGGUUUGAACACGCCAAACAACAGUUGGAAGAGCGGCCGUGGCUCGUCGACUCCUACGACCAGUGGUUCGAGAGACUGAAGGGUCCUCCUCAUAAGUGUGCCUUGUUUUUCGUAGAUAAUAGUGGAGUAGACAUCAUUCUAGGUGUGAUGCCUUUUGUCAGAGAGCUUCUCUCUCGAGGAACAGAGGUCGUGUUGGCCAGCAACUCUGGUCCGGCUUUAAAUGACGUGACCAACGGAGAGCUGCAGAUAUUAACUGAGAGCAUCGCUGCCAUGGACCCAGUCAUUCACGCUGGUCUGAAGGAGGACCGCCUGACGUUGGUCCAAAGUGGUUCCAGUUCCCCCUGUCUGGAUCUGAGCCGUCUGGACAAAGUUCUGGCGAUGGUGGUGCGGGAGCGGAAGACCGACCUGGUGAUCAUCGAGGGGAUGGGCCGCGCCAUCCACACCAACUACUACGCCAUGCUGAGCUGCGAGAGCCUGAAGAUGGCCGUCAUCAAGAACUCGUGGCUGGCCGACCGGCUCGGUGGGAAGCUGUUUAGCGUCGUCUUCAAGUACGAGCUGCCGGCGUCCAGCCAGCACCCCACGGCUCCCACGCCCUCGUGAGCACGAAGGACGGAGCUCGUGUUGGAGCAGGACAGAACGCUGGCGCCGAGCAGUCGAGACGGAGGAGCUCUGAAUGUAAGGACGAUGGUCGUAUACUGCCACUAAGUGAAAGACUGAGUGCAGAAGCUGAUUGUUAAAUAGAGGUGAGAUCAUUGACAGGGAGGUUUUUACGUUUCUUUUUUGUUGAUUUUUAGUGCUUGUUUCAUCAACAUGAUUGCUUUCCUCACAGAUUCUCCUGCACAAUCACUUUAGUCUGCAUCCAUCAUCACUGCCCGUCGAUCUCAUUCAGCGUCUGGUUUACAUGCCGAUGCUGGCCGCUUUGGUAAACUUUACCAGACUGUUAUGACGGAUGAGAUCGUCAGCUUGUAGGGAAAUCGGUGAAAAACACGUUUAAUUUUGCAUUAGUCACUGACAUGCUGCCAACACCGUGCAGCCAUAUGGGCGGGCACGGCUCGUUUGGCUGGAGUGUGUUAGAGAGAGAGAGAGAGAGAGAGCGCUGCAGGGCUAAUUACAGGUUUCAGCGGAGCACUUUUUACAUAAAGUGUGUUUAAUGUGCCUUGAGGCCGAUGUGAUAAAAGCAUCAUUCACUCAGAUCGCUUUUUAAUUCCUGUUGUAGGUAAAACUCCACACAAAUUUUGUUUCCCAGCAAUUUUACGCCAUAGACUAGGAAGAAUAUCCUAUUAUUUUAUUAUGAAUGCCUGUGAACGAACUGAGAUUAAGAAAUGAAUCGUCGUCACUUUUCACUUGUUGUAGCUGUUAAUGAGGCAUCAGGGAAAAUGUUUGAUCAGACUUUGUCACAAGAGAUUUUUGGCGGUGUUCCUCCACAUGGUGGCAGUAUUCUACUGUGACGUAGGUUUUUUUCUCUCUUUUAUUUAAAUGAUUUCUCAAAUCUUUACCAAGGUGCUUGGUGUCAGAAUUAACACUGCAUAUUUCAGGUUCAAUAUAUUCUAACUGAUUACAUCUCGUCACAGAGCUCGCCUCAGACUCACUGUAAUGAACUGGCAUGUUACAAGCAGUAAUCCAUCCCUGAGUAAAAGUUAAAAAAACAAACAUGCAAUUUGUUUAAAGGCAAUAAUGCUGCAGCACCUAGUUGUACCACACAUCAAACACUGUGUGAUUGUGAUGGUGACUUCAUCGUCUGAACUGAAGGCAGGCUGGGAUUUAAAACAAACAAAAGAAAAAGAAGCCUCGCCUUGUGGUGUGAAAAUGUUUCCAAAAGUUGCUGUGGACUCAUUGCAAUAUUGUAUUUGUCACAUGUACAUAUACAGUAAGUGUGUGUGUGUGUGUGUGUGUGUGUGUGUGUGUGUGUGUGUGUGUGUGUGUGUGUGUGUGUGUGUGUGUGUGUGUGUGUGUGUGUGUGUGUGUGUGUGUGUGUGUGUGUGUGUGUGUGUGUGUGUGUGUGUGUGUGUGUGUGUGUGUGUGUGUGUGUGUGUGUGUGUGUGUGUAUAUAUACAUAUAAAUAUAUAUAUAAAAUCCAUUUGCAUCACUUCAGUUAAGCACACCAAGCACAUUUAUGUGUCUUAUUCUCCUGACAAUCGAUUUUAAUUAAAUGGUGAAAACCUUUUAUUUUAUUCCUUUUCCUGUGUGUGUGUUGGUUUCUCUGCAUGUGUUGGGGGAGUGUGCAGCCGCGGAGAGGAACAGGGAGAGUUGAAAGUUGUUCCAUAUAAAAAAAAUAAUUUAAAAAAGCCCAUAGCCUGCCCCCGGCGGUAUAAAAACUCGACACCCUGGUUCCUGCUGGCUGCUGCCUGCUGGGGAGCUGUGGGCUGAUAAUGCAUGAGGAGGCCUGGCGGGGGGUCCUGCUGCUUUCUCCCCCUCGCUCGUCACUCUGGCUGCCAACACACACACACACACACACACACACACACACACUCUAACACGAACACACGAGUUCUGCAAGACAUCCUUAGAGACAUACUGUAUUUUUAACAUAAAGGUUGAUACGGAACAAAGCAUGUUAAGAUGGUAAUUCAUAGAGGUGUGAGUAACCAGAAGCCCCACGAUACAAUUUUAUUCAGAUUCUUGAGUCCCCAUACAAUAUUUUUGCGAUUUUAAGUAUUUUUCGAUAUGGUGAGUAUUGCGAUACAAUAUAUUACGAUUUAACUGUUUAACUGCAUUUUGUGUCCACAAAAUUAAAUUCAGUCAAGAAUUGUUUUGUCAAAUAAGAGAAAAUUCUCAGUCUAUUCAUCUCAUUUCAGUCUUUUUAUUUCUCCACGAUGAGUCAAACCCACAGACUGACCAACAAAGUACUCAGUCAAACUGAACUGAACUGAUAUCAAGUGAAGUGAAGUCAAAUUUAUUUCUAUAGCGCAUUUACAGAC